GCGGCUCGGAACGGCCUGCGAGGAACUGAGUAAAUGUUAAAGGAACGUUGAGAGCUCCGUAACCACCUCCGCAACGGAUCAGAAGGGCCCGGCCGGUUUGCCGAGGAACAGACCGCGCAGGCUGCAGGACCGAGGCGGAAAACAGCACCAACAUGGAAGAUCACGAUCGGAGCGCGGCGGCUCAGCGAUCACCGGCGGUGCCUGAAGACAAGGUCCUUUGAGGCGAACUGCGCAGGCUCGACUCGGCGCGUGUAUCCCGGGCAGACCGGCACACACGUGAGCCGGAGCCAGCCCGGCGGCUCCGGGUGACAGCUGCCGCGGCCGCGCUCCCGCCAUGUCGCAGACCAGCGACAGCGGCGAGUCCUCGCCGGCCUCUCGGGGCCGCCGCUCGCGCUCGCCGCGCGCCCAGGAGGACGGGGGGGACACGGCGGGCGACAGGCUCCGGCAGCUCAGCAUCAACGAGGGCGAGGACCGGGACCGGGACCACAACAGGAUGAUUCGGAUACAGUACCGGAAGCUCAUCUCCACCGUGCAGCAAAAUCGAGAAGCUAUGUUGAAUUCGAAAAGCAACAAACUGACAGAAGCUUUGGAAGAAGCCAAUAGACUUUUUGAUGGAGUUUCCCGUGCACGAGAGGCUGCACUGGAUGCCCAGUUUCUUGUUCUAGCAAGCAGUAUAGGAAAGGAGAAAGCCAAUGAGUUACAGUUGGAGAUGUCAGCAUUUGAUUCAGCUGCAUUUGCAGAGGACUUGCUAACCUUCAUGGGUAUAAAUCGCACAGAAGUAGAAGAAACUGAUGAUCCUGAGGACAUUCCAGGCGGGUUUUUACCUAGCGAUGCCUGGCAGACAGUGGGACAAGAAGCACUCAAGUACUUAAGAAGAGCACCUACUUUUCACUACAUGAUGGGAUCUUUCAAGUCUGAGCCUCCUGUACCAAAGCAACGGAUUGAGAGGCAGAAAAAAGCCAGCAGAGGAAAAGCAGAACGGGCAAUGCCUGCUCAGUUAAAAAAAAUGGAGACAUCUCAUCAGGAAGCUACAGAAAAAGAAGUGGAGAGGGUCUUGAGAAUACUGCAAACUCAUUUUGAAAAUGAUCCUAAUACACCKAUUUCCUUCUUUGAUCUUGUGAUUGAUCCAAACUCUUUUGCACACACCAUGGAAAACAUAUUUCAUGUGUCCUUCCUUAUCAAGGAUGGUCUUGCAAAAAUAAAGCUGGAUGAAGAUGGAUUGCCAAUAAUAGAGCCGACAAAACCGACCAGGGGAGGGGAGGAGGACAACAGAACUGGAGCACGGAACCAGGUCAUCGUAACUCUGGACCAGAAAGAAUGGAAGGAAAUCAUAGAAAUAUUUCAGAUAACAGAAGCCAUGAUUACUCCUCUUUCUCAGACAACAGAAGAUGAAAUGGAGACAGAAUAACUACUCAAGUGCCUUAAAGAAAAUACAUCCAAGUGUUUGUUUCAACAGAUGUUUUAUAUGUAUAUGUUGUAAAAUAAUUUUUUUUUCUGGAGGA